AACAACUUGUUUUGUAAGUCAUUACGCUACCGAUAGUCAAGUUUUCGAUGAAUUUCGGCCGCUGUGGUCGUAAAAGGUGAAGGUAGCUCUUCUCGCGGCGACAGCACGCACGAGCGUAACGCGGGGGGGACAGGGCGGUAUCCUGAACUCUGUGCGUGGUAUUGCGUGCGAGGAAAGAAUGGGCACGAGGAGAGAAAUUCGGGAUAUUCAAAUGCGCCAUGUUAUUUCAACUGUUCCGCAGGUUGACCUGAGCAAAGUACUUAUGCAGCUUGAUUCCCAACAACUUUUUCAAAAUGAUUACCGUUUGUUAGCUGAAAAAAUCGGCUUCAGUAACGCGGAAAUCGCCAGGUUGACCAUACUUGCAAACAGAAGCACCGACUCGAUUACUUUAGCAAUAAUCAAACACUGGAGCACUAGAAGGGACUCUUUGUUAGGAAAACUCCUGGAUAUUUUGGAGGAAAUGGAAAGAGCAGACGUCGCAGACGACUUAAAGGAAGUUGUUGAGAAGAAGAUGCUGACGACAUGCUACCCUUAUCUAUCCCGUAGCAGCAAAAUGAGUGGUGUCCAUAAAGAUUUUUGCUAUCACUUGCGGCAACUUUGCACAGCCCUGGUAGGGAUCUGGAAUUCUCUUCACCACUUUUUGGAAACCCCGUACCACGGUCCCAUUGACUGGAGCCCCAUCUCAAUCUCUUUCUUCCUUCUCUCGUGGGGAAAAGAACUCUUGUUGGUAUGGAUAAUCCCUACGGGUCUUUUCAAACUCUUCACAACAGUGGAUGUCUGCUUCGCCAAAUUUUUAACCAUGAUGCUGAUACUUCUUCUCGCCCAGGUGGCGGAAAAUAAAUGGGUGAGCCCAGAGGUUGGAUUCAUGAGGCAAGAACUGCUCAGUCUGACGUCUAACUCCUUGAGAGAGAUGAGAAUACCAUCUGUUGAAGUUGCUUCACAGAUCAAAGCGUUGCAUGAAAGCAUUCGCAGAAAGCUGGUGGUGUCACUAACCAUGGAAAUGUUCCUUCUGCCGCUGCCUCUAAUUUGGAUACCAAGCUGCAAAGACCAUUCCCCGGAAGUCGUUCAGUUUGCAUACUUGGUGUGCCUGGUGGAGUUCCUGCUUACGAUGUUUGUCUUCUGGAGACACUAUCGGCGGGCGGAGGUUUGCCUUUUGGACGGGCGCUUUCGGUUAGAUGGGCUGUUUCAUAAAAACUGUUAUCAAGAAGAGGUGAUGUUAGUAUAGAGUUUCCUCUUUACUUCUGUCAAAUAACGCACACAGCUCAAAUUACGAUUGUCAUCCUAUUUUCUUCAGAAUAUUUAUUAUAUCAUCAACUGAUGUCACUUAGGGUACCCCUUCCCAGUCCGUCGUUGUGGAUUUGCAAGGAAAGUCGAUUUUGAAUCACUUGAUUUGAGUGCCUACCUCAUGUACAAUUUUUGUUUUCCAAAAUCACAUCACAAAAGACUUCGUUUCACUUUUUUAUGUGUUCAGAUUUUACUGCAAAUUUUACAUAGUUGUCUAGUAUUAGCGUUUGCAGUAGAAGGGUUUCAUACCAACUAUAUACUUCUGACAUUAUUUUAAUAUCCAAUGCAAAUAUUCUAUUUUCAUAGUGUGAUGUAUUUCAAAAACCAGUUCCAUA